GUCAGUCGGCUAUAUUGCAUCGGAGCUCGGAGCGACAUUCACGGGCCACUCCUCCACUCAUUUCUGAAGAGACUCCGAUAAUGGAUGACCUCACGCCCACGGGGUCAAGAUUCCUUGCAUUCCUAAUUAGGUUGCGGAAUGUUUACAUACAGAAAGAUUGAUAUUUUUCUUCAUUUUUUAUGCCGUUAUUAAUAAAAAUUACUUUUUGUUGAUUUUAAAUUAAAAUUUUUAAUAAUUUUUCAUAUUUUAAAAAUCUUAUUAACAAUAUUAUAGUUCUACAACAAUAUUUUCUAAGAACUAAUCAGUGCUUUACAAACUCAACAUUUCAAGAUGGCAGCCUCCAUCGUUUCCACGAAUGUGAUGAAAUUACGUCUAUUUCUUUUUAGUUUACGGCAAAUAAGUAUCGAAAAGAAUGAAAUUUCACAGUUCAUUAUUUCGAGAAGAACUCCCACACUUAGAUGUUGUCUUAACGUAAGGAACUUCUAUGGAAACAGGCAGAUUUAUCGUUUAAUUUCCACUUGGCGUGUCCGGACUGCGGGAGUAGGGGCCACUGCUGCGAUUGCCCUCGGGGCAGUAGCGGCGUGUGCUGAGUCCGCCGAAACGGUGAAAGCAAGAUGGUUCUAUGCAUCAAGAAAGGAUGAUGUAGAUGAAAUAUUGAGAUUACUAAGGUCUGGGUUCAAUGUGAAUGAGAGGCAUCAACUUGGAUGGACAGCUUUGCAUGUAGCAGCUGUCAACAAGAAUCAAAAAGCACUGAGAGCAUUACUUAAAGCAGGAGCGGAUCCAAACAUCGGGGAUGAGUUUAGCAGUGUAUGGCAGACAUCACAAGAGAAAAGUCUCAACUCAUUACAAGUAUUAUAUGACAGAGAAGAUGACUUCAGUGACAGACUGAACAACAGAGCUUCAUUCCGUGGUUGUACAGCACUUCACUAUGCAGUCCUUUCAAAUGAUAUCAAUAUUGUCAGAAUUCUACUUGAAGCAGGUGCUGAUCCAAUGAUAGCCAAUGAGAAUGGUCAUACACCAAUACAGUAUGCCAAGGGGCAAGCAAUAAAGCAGCUUCUUGAAGAAUAUGAUAAGAAGUUUUCAGAUCUGCAAGCAAAGAAGGCAGCAGAGGAGAGACGUCGUUUCCCAUUGGAGCAGAGAUUAAAAGAAUUCAUCAUAGGACAGGAUGGUGCCAUAGCAACAGUUGCUGCAGCUAUAAGGAGGAAAGAGAAUGGUUGGAUGGAUGAAGACCACCCUUUAGUAUUUCUUUUCUUAGGCUCAUCUGGAAUUGGUAAGACAGAGCUCGCCAAGCAGAUAGCAAGGUACACGCACAAAAAUGUGAAGAAGGGUUUUAUUAGGAUGGACAUGUCUGAAUACCAGGAGAAACAUGAAGUAGCUAAGUUCAUUGGAUCACCACCAGGAUACGUUGGUCAUGAGCAGGGUGGUCAACUCACCAAGAAACUCAAGCAAUGUCCAAAUGCUGUGGUGCUGUUUGAUGAAGUGGACAAGGCACAUCCUGAUGUACUGACUAUCAUGCUGCAACUGUUUGAUGAGGGAAGAUUAACUGAUGGGAAAGGGAAGACGAUAGAAUGCAAAGAUGCUGUUUUUGUGAUGACAUCUAACAUUGCUAGUGAUGAGAUUGCCAGUCAUGCUCUACAGCUUAGAAGAGAAGCUAAGGCUAUGAUGGAUCAGAGAGAGACUACACAAGUAGAGAGAGAAUCCACUGAAAUGACAGAGCAGGUAACAAUAUCUAAGAGAUUCAAGGAAGAUGUUGUCCAACCAAUCCUCAAGAGACACUUCAGAAGAGAUGAGUUCCUUGGUCGGAUCAAUGAGAUGGUCUAUUUUCUACCAUUCUCUCGAGCUGAGCUCAUCAGACUCGUCUCUAAAGAACUCAAUUUCUGGGCAACAAGAGCGAAGGACAGACAUGAGAUGGAGUUGACAUGGGAUAUUGAGGUUCUUGAAGUCCUAGCUGAUGGGUAUGAUGUUCAUUAUGGAGCAAGGUCUAUCAAACAUGAGGUUGAGAGACGGAUUGUCAACCAGCUUGCUGCUGCACAGGAGAAGCUACUCAUCUCACAAGGAUGCAAGUUACACAUCGCUGUGGAUGCAGGUCACCAUGACAACAAGAUGAUUGGGACCCAAGAUCCUCAGCAGACCAAACUCAAGCUUCAAGUCAUCAAGAAAGGAAAGAAAGAAACAGUCAAUAUACUGCCGUCGGUACCAGGUCCAGCUGAUAUCAAUCAUUCCAAUUUUUAGGCUACUCUGUACAUGCAGAUAAAAUGAACUUUUUAAAAGAUGAAUGAAAGUAGUUGCAGUAAACACUGAUUUCAGGAGAAAGUCAGUAAAAGUAGGCUCAAUUGUCACUAUAUCAUCGAGGAUCUAGAUCUGGGACAGUUACAUAAACUGAACUUUGUGAAAUCUUGAAAUCUACGCAGAAAAAUGUUCACACUGAAGAUCACCAACACAGAUAAGCGCACGUGGGACAGUGUAUCAUUAUUGCUUUGAAUGUCGGCCCGACGCUUGACCCGAAUCCCAUGCUUAUUUGCUAAUUUCACAGCAAUUACACAAUUUCUUCCAGAAUCCUUUGGCACAUGUUUUUUAUUUAUACAAACAGACACUUUGGUGGUCAUUUCAUUGGAUUCUGUACGAAUUCAUUUUGAAAUCGUCACCACAACUGGCAUAUAUCUUUAAAGUGGUACAAGGGAAUACUGGUACCUUUUUUAAAAUUUAACUCUGUUUGAAUAAAGGCAGUAAACGUUGAUUCCAUUUAAAUAUGUAUUUUAUGUGCAAUCUUAAAAUAUAUACAUAUAUCAGUCUUUGCCCUCAUCCUGUCCUCUUUCUACCAAAUAUCUUUACAGUUUUACAGUAACUUCCAAACUUUACUGAGUAGUAAAUGUUACUUACCUUUGAUAAGUGUCUUAAGUGAUUUUACAAACAUUAUAAACUGUGAUAUCUGUUGAAAGGGCCUGCAGACUUGAAAUCCAUUUUUUUUUAUAUUUAAGUAGUGUUAUUAUAAAAGGCACUUUUGAGGGCUCUUAAAUGCAGACCUUAGCAAACGUAAGGAAAUCAAAGAUGGCACAUACGCUUGUUGCUUUCCCUCUCAACAUUCGAGUAAAGCAUAAAUAUGGAAAAUUUGCAGUGUCAUUAAUACCUCAGGGCAAUUCCACAAACAAAUCAACCUUUUUGUACAUCCAACCCCCAACUUUACCCAUUCUUACUUCACUCCAUGAACUGCCUAAGACUAAGUCAUGAUAAUAUGGGGACAUUACAACUUCUCAUGUGAUUUAGAAGAAGGAAGGUCCCACAUAUAGGGGGUUGGACACUCAUGAUUCAUGGAAUUGCCCCCUCAGUGUUUCUUUCACAAACAUAAGGAAAUAGAAUUGGAAUAUAUUUCAACAUAUAUCGAGUAAAUACUAGAUAAUUUCAAGGUUAUGAUGGCUUCUUAAUGUUUUCAGUGGUUCAUGAAUGAUAGUUGAGCAUUGAUAUUUAUGAUAAUGCAGGAUAAUGCUUCUACAAAAUUGGUGAAAUAGCGGCUUAUAUAACUUUAGCUUUAUAAUAUAGUAGAGAAGAUAUGUACGGAAGCCGAGCCUUAGAGGGAACAAUAUAGAGUCUAAUCUUGGUGAAAGGCAGAUAUAAAGUUUAGGUCAUGAUAUACACUUAGAGGAUAUUUAUUUAUAUUUUUACUUUGAAAUGCAUUGGUUUUGCACAGAAUUGUACAAGACAAGUAUAGACUGUUUAUGAACAAUAUUAAUGAGAUAUAUUGUGGUUAAUUGUUGGUAUUUUUUAAUAAAUAUUCAGAUUAAAAUUGUU